UCACAGUCUUCAGAAAAAGAGGAUCUGCUUCUGGAAAUCAGAAUGAAAAGAAUUAGACAGGGAAGCAGCGUGUGGUGUGUGUGUUGCCUCUGGCGUGUGGAGUCCUGUCCAGGUGUUGGGUAGAGCGUCUCCGGUCAUGGGGGCGUGAGGGGACCUGGUGUGCAGGGUGUGACUGCGAGAGGCUGGCCUUGGUCGCUGCUGGUCGGUGCACUGGACAGGGCCUUCUCUCACUGUCGUCUUCCAGGAGCAGCCUGUGUCCAGGAGGCAGAAGAUGCCUCACUCCAGCCUGCAUCCGUCUAUUCCGCAUCCCAGGGGUCGCAGGGCCCAGAAGGCAGCCCUCGCCCUGCUGAGUGUCUGCCUGGCAGUCUUUUGGAUGCUAGGGCCACCAGAACACACUCUCCUGUGCCUGGUGCUCCACCUGGCCUCCCUGCAGCUGGGACUACUCCUGAAUGGGGUCUGCAAUCUGGCCGAGGAGCUGUGCCACAUCCACUCCAGGUACCAAGGCAGCUACUGGAAGGCUGUGCGGGCCUGCCUGGGCUGCCCCAUCCGCUGCGGGGCCCUGCUGCUGCUGUCCUGUUACGUCUACUUCUCCCUCCCAAAUGAGGCUGGCCUGCCCACCACUUGGAUGCUUGCCCUCCUGGGCCUCUCACAGGCUCUGAACAUCCUCCUGGGCCUCCAGAGCCUGACCCCAGCUGAGGUCUCUGCAAUCUGUGAAAAAAGGAACUUCAACGUGGCCCAUGGGCUGGCAUGGUCGUACUACAUCGGGUACCUGCGGCUUAUCCUGCCAGGGCUCCAGGCCCGGAUCAGAACUUACAAUCAGCUCCACAACAAUAUGCUACGAGGCACAGGGAGCCGGCGGCUGUACAUCCUCUUCCCACUGGAUUGUGGGGUGCCCGAUGACCUGAGUGUGGCUGACCCCAACAUUCGCUUCCUUCAUAUGCUGCCCCAGCAAAUCACUGACCGUGCCGGCAUCAAGGGCCGGAUUUACACCAACAGCGUCUAUGAGCUUCUGGAGAAUGGGCAGCCGGCGGGCAGUUGUGUCUUGGAGUAUGCCACCCCCUUGCAGACCUUGUUUGCCAUGUCACAGGAUGGUCGAGCUGGCUUUAGCCGGGAGGAUCGGCUUGAGCAGGCCAAACUCUUCUGCCGGACGCUUGAGGACAUCCUGGCAGAUGUCCCAGGGUCUGAGAACAAUUGCCGCCUCAUCGUCUACCAGGAGGGAAGCGGCUUCUCGCUGUCACAGGAGAUUCUCCAGCACUUGCGGCAGGAGGAAAAGGAGGAGGUUGCUGUGGGCACCUUGGGGACCUCAGUGGUGCCCAGUUCCUCCAUGCUGUCCCAAGACCCUGAGCUCCUCAUCAGCGGUAUGGAACAGCCUCUCCCUCUCCGCACGGAUAUCUUCUGAGGUCCAGGUCACCUUGCCUGAGCCUCCAGUCACCUUCAGGACUCUGGACUGGGGGCUUUCUCCAGCAGCUGGGUGCCCGGCAGAGCCAUAUCCUCCCACUGGGGACUUUGCCCCUCGGGCAAGUCGUUUCACCUCUCUGAGCCUCAGUGUCCUCAGUCUGUGAGCCGAGAUGAUGAUCACUGCACUACCUGCCUCGCAGGGUUGCUGUGAAGACUGUGAGCGCGUGGGAGUUUUUCAUACUCCAAGCAUCUGGUAACCUGGGGAUGUGCCAGGUGUCUUCCACUGAGCCCCCCAGACCUACUCUCCACCCUUCUCCACCUCCUCUGCCCUGGGACGCUGACCCAGGAUGGCAUCAACAGGCUCCCCUGCCCUCCGGCUUCUGUUCACGUCCGGUGAAUGGGGAGCCCCUGCAGGAGGACGGCGGGGGCGGGGAGGAGGAGGUGAGGUGGGGUAGUCAUUCCCCCGGGUCGCUUCCCUGCAGUAUCAAGGAUGCUGUGGCUCUCCUGCCCGGCAGCCUCUCAGCAACCCUGUCUGUCUCCAGGUUUCUGGAAUUGCUUCCUCCCCGUGCCCUUUCAAAUCUAGUGGUGUAUUGGUUCCCCACUGGGCUACUCACUGUCACUUGUGGUUUCCUUAUCCCCAGCCCUUGCUCAAUAGUCCCUUUUAAAUACACUCCUCAGAUUA